UGCCUCUCCCACUUCACCCACCACAAUGGAGGCGAGUUAACGUGGGGGGAGGAGGCAUUAGAGCAACUCACUUGAUGGACCACCAAAAACGCUCCGUUGACUGCGCCGCCGCUGCCGCUGCCGCCGCAGUCAAGCGCCGCCACCAAGAAGUCCUUCUUGGUAAAUACGAGCUCGGAUGCCUCCUCGGCCGCGGCACCUUCGCCAAGGUCUACCUCGCUCGGUCCGUCUCCGACGGCGCGACAGUGGCCGUCAAGAUCCUCGAUAAGGCGGAGAUGGUGGCGACGGGCAUGGCCGGCAGCGUGCUCACCGAGGUGGCCGCCAUGCGCCGCCUCUCCCACCCCAACAUCCUCAAGAUCCACGAGGUGCUGGCGACGCGGUCGAAGAUCUUCCUGGUGAUGGAGCACGCGCCCGGCGGCGACCUGCUCUCGCGAAUCGCCCGCCGCCGUCUCCCCGAGCACGCCGUCCGGCGCUACUUCCACCAGCUCGUCUCCGCGCUACACUACUGCCACGCUCGCGGCGUCACCCACCGCGACGUGAAGCCUCAGAACCUGCUCCUCGACCGCGACGGCAACCUCAAGGUCUCCGACUUCGGGCUCGCCGCCCUCCCCGAUCGACUCCGCGACGGCCAACUACACACCGCGUGCGGCACCCCGGCCUACACAGCCCCCGAGGUCGUCCGCCGCAAGGGCUACGAUGGAGCUGCCGCCGACGCCUGGUCCUGCGGCGUCAUCCUCUUCGUCCUCCUCGCCGGCUCCCUCCCCUUCGACGACGCCAACCUCGCCGUCAUGUACCGUCGGAUCCACCGCCGCGACUACGAGAUCCCUCCCGGGAUCUCUACCCCGGCGCGCCGCCUCCUCGUCCGCCUCCUCGACCCAAAUCCCGACACCAGGAUGACCAUGGCGGCCCUGAUCGACCACCCUUGGCUCAAGCGCUCCCUCAGCUUGGACUCCCAGCUGAACAUGCACCCUCUCGCCGCCGCCCAUGAUCACCAACUCGCCCCCACCAUGAACGCCUUCGACAUCAUCUCCCUCUCCUCCGGCCUCGACCUCUCGCCUCUCUUCGACGACGCCAAGCCCAAGAAGGAGCGGCGCUUCACCUCCACGCACUCCAUCGACAAGAUCAUGGACAGGAUCCAGCUCACCGGAAGCAAACUCGGCCUCGUGGUGGAGACCAAGAAGGCGGCGGCGGCGGCGCUAGCAGGGGGCUGGGGUCCUACUCUCUCAGUGGAGGUGUCGGAGGUGGCUUCGCAGCUUCUGCUAGUGGAGAUGAGACUAGAGCACGACGGCGGCAGCGGCAGCGGCGGCGAUGCCGGAUUCUGCUGGGAGCACGCGAAAGCAGAGCUCGGAGACAUUGUCUUCUCUUGGCACGAAACAGAGCAGAUCGUAUUCUAGCAAUCCUGGAGAAGAAAUCAUAGUGGCAAAUCGUGUUUCAAAGAUCUGUUCUAGAUUUUCUUGCCUUAUUUGAAGUUUACUUAGAUUGAUUAGUGUAAUGAGAAUACCUUGUUUGUUGUGCUUGGUGUUCAUGUUUGUGCCAUUGUAGAUCGAAUCUAUCAAAAUUGUUCAAAAUCUAUUCGAGUCA